AUGAAAAAUCUAUUUCGAUCUCGUCUACCACCAACAUUAACAUCUACGCAAAUCAAUAAAUUAGCUGACGAAUCCCAUUUAUCAGCACAAGAUAUUGAAGAAUGGUAUCAACGUUUUAAUAGCUGUUAUCCAUGCGGUUAUCUUUCUUAUAAAGAAUUUAUAAGCUAUUUAAAAACUGUCAAGAAUCAGAAUGGUAAUGAUAGUCGUAUUACAAAAUCGGUGGUUAAACAAUUAUAUCGUGUAUUAGAUUUAAAUCAAGAUAAAAAAUUAAAUUUUGAAGAAUUUUUUCUGUUUAAUAUCGUACUCAAUCAAGGGUCAUUCGAAGAUAAAUUUAAAUUAACAUUAGAUUUAUAUGAUCGAGAAAAAGAAAAAUAUUUAACACGAGCACAAUUAGAACGUAUCUUAGUGGAUAUGUUUGAUUUAUUAAAUCUUUCGAAAGCAAAAGAUGGUUUAUCACAAAGAAUUGAUGAAAUAUUAACUAGUGCUAAUUUUAAUAAUAAAGAUAAUGAAAUAAGUUGGCAUACAUUUAGUACAUAUGUUCGAAACAAUCAAUCAUUAUUUGCAACUUUGAUAUCAAAGGAUAUUGGUGGGAAAAAAUCCGACGAUGAUUUUACUACUGUAACGGCACGAUUUUGA